ACCACAUGAGAGUUCUAAAUUUUCAUUCCAUUUAUCUAGUCCGUUGCCCAUGACUUUCUAAUUUCUAGUCCCUCCACCAACUCUCCGACCCUUUUCUCUCUUCUGUUAAGGUUUGAGAUGAAUCGGAAGGCAAAAAUAAGAACCAUAACUGCAUUAAUAUCUCAUUUUCUUUUACUCAUUCUCGCCGGGUUUCUUUUUCCGGCUCCGGCAAAGAGCAUCCGGCUCCCGGAUCGAAUGCCGGAAUUGACACCUCCCGCCAACCAGCCCUUGAAAACCGCCGUGUUUGCUCUUGGUAGUUUCUGGAGAUCUGAUGCUAUUUUUGGUUGCUUGAAUGGUGUGGUUCGCACCACCGUCGGCUACUCCGGUGGCUCUAAGUCUAAUCCUGAGUAUCGCAGUUUGUCCGAUCACGCUGAAUCUGUACAGAUUGAAUAUGAUCCCAGAGGUAUAAGCUUCCGAGAACUGUUGGAGGUCUUCUGGUCUAGUCAUGAUUCAAGGCAGGUUUUCGGCCAGGGUCCUGAUGUCGGUAACCAGUACAGAUCUGUCAUCUUUACCAAUGGUACGAGUGAAUCUAGAUUGGCAGCCGCCACUAAGGAAAGGGAGCAGACUAAAUCAAAGAGCAGUAUAGUUACAACCCAAAUUCUACCCCUAGGAACCUUUUAUCCUGCUGAACCUGAGCAUCAGAAAUUUGAGCUCAAAAGAAAUCCUUUUCUUCUUCACUUGAUUGGCAAUUUGCCAGAGGAGGAGCUCGAGAAGUCAACCUUGGCUGCAAAAAUGAACAGUUAUGCAGCAGAACUCUGUCCUCGAAGGAUUCAGAAGCAAAUUGAUGCCAAGAUUAAUGACAUUAUUAGUAAAGGCUGGCCUGUUUUGAGGGAAAUAUAAUAUUCAUGCUGUGUACCAUACAGCACAGCAGGAUUCCCUUACCCCCAUUGAGUUUGACAAGUUAAUAAGGUUAUAGCGAUUCAGAUAUGAGUACCAGUUAAAUAAUGUGUUUGAUUGUAGAUGAUCUGAUACUAGAAGCUUUGACUGCAGGUCAGAAAUUUAUCCUUCAAGGCACUCUAAUUAGAGCAAAUUAGCAAUGUAGGUAGGUUACCUGCUGAAAUUUGUUGUAGAAUAGGGUUUCUUGUGGAAUGCAUGUAUAUCUCCUGUCAAAUGUAUUGUUACUGUUGUACAUGCUCUAUGCACCUGAUUGUUUGUAGGAGUACUAGUAGACUUGUAGUGCUUAUCAGGAUUCAAUAUAAUAUGCGUAUCAAUCAUUGUCCGUGGCAACCUUUGCUCACAUAAGCAAUGGACAUCAUUCUUAAUUAUUUAUCGUAGCUACAAUGCACAUAUUUUGAAAGGACAUUAAUGGUUAUG